CGAAUUAGAAGCUUCUGCUCCUCCGACGGAUUAGGAACACCACAAUGCUGCGUGCCUGCAUCGUCCUCGCCUUGGCCACCAGCGCCUUUGCUGGUCACGUUGGUCACGUUGCCGGUGGCUACACCCUCGCCAGCAACCUCGGCUACGGCCUUGGCUACGGCAGCCUCGGCUAUUCCGGUCUUGGAUACGGUGGCCUUGGUCUCUCCCAUUAUGGCCUGUCCCACGGAGUUGGCUACUCCGGCCUGACCGGAUACGGUGCUGGCUACGGAUACGGAUACGCCCCCGCCGCCAGCUACGCCGUCGCUGCUCCAGCUGUUACUCGCACGGUCUCCACCUACCACGCUGCUCCAGCUGUGACCGCUGUCCACGCCGCUCCAGCCGUGACCGCUGUGCACGCCGCCCCAGCUGUCACCUACGCUGCUGCCCCAGCUGUCACCAGGGUGGUCCAGGCCGCUCCAGUUGUCCAGACCUACGCUGCUGCCCCAGCUGUCACCAGGGUGGUCCAGUCCGCUCCAGCUGUCACCUACGCCGCUGCUCCAGCUGUGACCAGGGUCGUCCAGUCCGCGCCAGCUGUCACCAGGGUGGUCCAGGCCGCUCCCGUUGUCCAGACCUACGCUGCCGCCCCAGCUGUGACCAGGGUGGUCCAGUCUACCCCAGUUGUCCAGAGCUACGCCGCCGCCCCAGCCGUCACUCGUGUCGCCACCUACGCUGCUCCAGCUGUGACCAAGGUUGUCCAGUCCGCUCCAGUGGUCGCCAGCUACGCCGCUGCCCCAGCCGUGACUGCUGUCCACGCUGCCCCAGCCGUCGCCACCUACGGCGUUUCCCACGUUGCCCACUCUGCCCCAGCCGUCGCCACCUACGGCGUUUCCCACGUUGCCCACGCUGCCCCAGCCGUUGCUACCUACGGCGUUGCUCACGCUGUCCCAGCCUACUACGGCUACGGUGUUGGCUCUCUCGGCUACGGUGCCGGCAGCUAUGGUUACGGCCACGGUCUCCUCGGCUACGGCCUGAACUACGGCUACGGCCUUGGCUCUCCUCUCAGCUACUCCACCCUCCUCCGCAAGAAGAAGUUCCCCCAGAAAGCUCGCCGCGACAAUGACCAGCCCGUACAGAGUUUGGCCGUUGGGUCCCUCGUCUGGCUCACACCCCAAUUCCACUCCACUGGCUUCAUUACCAAGUUUGCUACCAAGUAUGACGGGCCAUACCGCCUCUUCGAGGGCCGGUCUCCCGUCCCCAAUGUCAUUGAUUCGGUCAACCGUCUUCGGACAAGCGCCGUCCCAAAGCAUCUGCUCCUCCGACGGAUUAGGAACACCACAAUGCUGCGUGCCUGCAUCGUCCUCGCCUUGGCCACCAGCGCCUUUGCUGGUCACGUUGGUCACGCUGCCGGUGGCUACACCCUCGCCAGCAACCUCGGCUACGGCCUUGGCUAUGGCAGCCUCGGUUAUUCUGGUCUUGGAUACGGUGGCCUUGGUCUGUCCCAUUAUGGCCUGUCCCACGGAGUUGGCUACUCCGGCCUGACCGGCUACGGUGCUGGCUACGGAUACGGAUACGCCCCCGCCGCCAGCUACGCCGUCGCUGCUCCAGCUGUUACUCGCACGGUCUCCACCUACCACGCUGCUCCAGCUGUGACCGCUGUCCACGCCGCUCCAGCCGUGACCGCUGUGCACGCCGCCCCAGCUGUCACCUACGCUGCUGCCCCAGCUGUCACCAGGGUGGUCCAGGCCGCUCCAGUUGUCCAGACCUACGCUGCUGCCCCAGCUGUCACCAGGGUGGUCCAGUCCGCUCCAGCUGUCACCUACGCCGCUGCUCCAGCUGUGACCAGGGUCGUCCAGUCCGCCCCAGCUGUCACCAGGGUGGUCCAGUCUGCUCCAGUUGUCCAGACCUACGCCGCCGCCCCAGCUGUGACCAGGGUGGUCCAGUCCACUCCAGUUGUCCAGACCUACGCCGCCGCCCCAGCUGUCACCAAGGUUGUCCACUCCGCUCCAGUGGUCGCCAGCUACGCCGCUGCCCCAGCCGUGACUGCUGUCCACGCUGCCCCAGCCGUCGCCACCUACGGCGUUUCCCACGUUGCCCACGCUGCCCCAGCCGUCGCUACCUACGGAGUUGCCCACGUUGCCCACGCUGCCCCAGCCGUCGCCACCUACGGUGUUUCCCACGUUGCCCACGCUGCCCCAGCCGUUGCUACCUACGGCGUUGCUCAUGCUGCCCCAGCCUACUACGGCUACGGUGUUGGCUCCCUCGGCUACGGUGCCGGCAGCUACGGUUACGGCCACGGGCUCCUCGGCUACGGCCUGAACUACGGCUACGGCCUUGGCUCUCCUCUCAGCUACUCCACCCUCCUCCGCAAGAAGAAGUAAAUGCUCUUUCUCUUGAGUCUUGGACCAGAAAGAAACCCCACAGUCAUGGACAACCAGAUUUUCUGGUUUCAAUGAUGUAUAGUCAUUGUUAUGGUAGAAUAAACUGUUUGUC